AUGCCUUUCGCUGAAGGAAAAGCUGAAGCCGGUGCUAAGCUGUUCACGACUCGCUGCGCCCAAUGCCACACCACUGAGGCUGGCGGAGCUCACAAGGUUGGCCCUAACCUGCAUGGAUUGUUUGGCCGCAAGUCCGGACAGGCAUCAGGCUUCUCAUAUACCGAGGCAAAUGUCAAGAAGGGUGUUACAUGGAAUGAGCAGACCUUGUUUGAGUACCUAGAGAACCCCAAGAAGUACAUUCCCGGCACCAAGAUGGCAUUUGCUGGUCUCAAGAAGGACAAGGAUCGCAACGACCUCAUCACCUGGCUCCGAGAGAACACCAAGUAG